UUGGAAUGUUGCGAGGGGAAUGAUGUAUCGGAACGCACAGUCAUACAACGAGAUGAUCAGUAAAGGGAGAACUUAACAUUAUCACAUGCAGGAAAACGAUCAAUAGUGCCUGCAUUUCAAAGGCGAGGUUGAGCUUUAUUGCUGGAUAUCAGCUUCGAAACGCAAACCAAUUGUUCUAUUGACAAUAAUACUUGCAGCGGAUUACAGGUGUCUAGAUCUACCCGGCCAGAUUUACGGGUACGUUAUUGGAUUAACCUGCGUCUACUGUUAUUUCAAGGAGCAAGCAAAGUUUUUUCUAUUUUUGAAUCAACUUUAAUCUUUUAUCUGGCAAUAAAAUACUAUUGUAAAUGUAUUAAACAACGUGCCGGAGAUUAUUAUUUUAUUCCCACAAAGGAUGUAUGAAUAAUCUGUCUAAUUGUGUUUCCAGACAGGAUUAAAAUCAUUUCAUUGAUUUCAUGUACGUGUCGACAAUCUGAACUUUCUUCCGCACACUAGACUAUACUCGGUAACUUCAAUAUAUACGGAUUCCAUCAGACGUUACGAGCUACUUGACAAAAUUGUCUGAUAAACGUUUGACUGCUAUUUGUACAAAACACCAUACAAUUUAUAAUAUGGAAAUCGUCUUUAAGAAGCACUUACUUCUGAUAGGAGCUGUUUUUCUUACAACAGAUGUUACGUGUGUGUACCAUAGACACCAUAAUCACAAUUUACAAAAGAACCAUGACGAACCGAUUGUUCCAGAGCCUAUGAUUCAAAUUGAAAGUAAUGACAAAGAUGUGAUUGAUUUAGAUGAUAAUACUUUCGAUGUUGCCUUAGAACAUUACCCACAACCAGUUGACAAGAAUGGAGAAGAUAUGCGUGAGGUUCAUAUCGGUGGUGAAACUGUCAGUGAAGUUCAAGAAGAGAUGAAGUUACAAAUCAAUGAAGGCGACACAGUAACUCCGAUAGCCUUGACAUCAGAAAUACUGCACGGUAAAGGAAUAAUUUCUGUAACGACGGAGAAUGCAACUGAUGACGAAGAUAUGACUAGUGGUUCCGGAUCUGGAGAUUUUAUGAUAGAAGAUGCCACUGGAAAAUUUGUUAAUACAACCGAACAUUCAUCCGAAAACAAAACUGUUCAGAGGCAGACGAUUCUACCACCAUACUGUGAAGAACAUAUCAAUGUCACAUGGGCACCGUGGUCACCAUGGGUACAAUCAGGCGAUCACGAUAUCCGGUUCCGCCGUUGCCAUGACGAAAAUAAGGUGAAGGUGAACGCUCACCGUUGUCAAGGAGAUUAUUUUGAAAGACGUCAGUGUGCUGAGAAAGAAGCAGACGUUUGUCGUAUGACUGACGGAAGUGUCACAGAACAAUAUCAUGUGAGAUGUCACGGCCUUGACCUGGAUGAUAUUGACAAUUCUGAGAUCCUACGAGAUCCGUACGACCAGCAAGAGGACUGUCAGUAUACAUUGUAUGAUAUUAAAUACAGAAUGGCCAUUGGAAAUCCUCUAACAACAGAAGAACUGCAGCACGCGGACCGGAAGUUGUGGUGUUUGUCAGAUGACAAAUUCAUUCCAUUCCACACACCGAAACAGAGAUGUCUUGACAAUCUAAACUCAUUUUGUAAAAUGACUGAAAAAUGCAAGUACGAAAAACUUACAGAGGAGGGGAAGAGUAAACAUUCUUCAAAACAAACAUGCUGGAAGGAUUUCGUAUUAGGUGGUGUUAUGCCAACUGGGAUCCCUGUGUUUAAAAGCCAACAAGUUAUUUGUCAGCACUAUGACAAAGAGAGCAAAUAUGGAGAAGUAUUUGGGCAUAAGAAAGUACACUUUGCAUCUAUGUACGACACUAAACGACGCUUACCAUUACUUUCUAUGGUAACUGUGAGGUCGCUUGGAGACGAAAAGUGGCCAAAUGUUCCUUUUAUGAUAGAAAGAGGUCUGAUUGAAGAUACAAGCUCCUCCGUAGUAUCUUGGUUCUUCCGAAACAAAAAGAAAGGCAUGACAAAUAUAAAGGAACUGACGUCAGAAUGUGAAAUACCUUCCUGUCAGUUUGGGAAAAAACAAGCUCUGCCGUCUGACUUUGACUAUAGUGGAUACAAAAUGAUGCCAUUGCUUCCUCCAGAGCUGAUUGGUUGGGAUCUAGGUCAGAGAGUUGCAACUUUUACCAUGACAAACGUCGUACCUUUAGAGCCAACAGUCUAUUCUGUAUGGAAAAGAACAAUUCAAAUGGUUCGGAAGUUUGCUGUUGAAACAUGUAGAAUACCUAUUGAAUUACCAUAUCAAAAUGCUGAGCAACACCGACGAGACGGUCAUGAUCUACCUGAGCUUUAUUUAUUGUCGGGAACAGUGGCGCCAUUAAAUCACAUUGAAGUUAUCGGAAACGACGUUGUCGUUCCGGAAAUAGUAUGGAUGGCAGCGUGUUGCGCACAUGGAGCAGACGUCUCGUCGUUUGGGAUCUAUUCGUAUAACCAAUAUGGUCAAAUACCAGCAAUCGUUUCCAUCGAAAAUCUCCAUGUUCUUCUACAAUCUAUGUACUAUGACAAUGUGGAUGAAAUCAAAAUAGACUUGUUCCCGGCAUUUGACAGCCUUUGUAGUUACCCCGGAAAUGACGUUUCAUUUGAUUUAGUUAUAACAUAAUUCUUUUUUAAAUUGUGUGAUGCAUUCUAAUUCAUGGUUGUGUUUGUUUGUUCGUUUUACAUUACAAAGUUUCGUAGUCGAGAAAAAAUGUUAAAAUACUAGAAUUGAUAUCGGUAAGGUAUUUUAAAAAAAUUAGAAGGCAAUAUUUAUGAGAGGAUAUUUGGUACAUGCAAACCAAAUGAUUCAUAUAUGAAUAUUUUGUUCGUUUGUUCCACGCUUUAUAAUUUUAAAAUGCACAACAGUUCCGCUUUUAAACGAUUACAGUGUUGUGUUGUGUACUUUUAAGAAUAUUAUCGUUUUACUUUUAUUUAUUCAUUUAUUUAGAAAUCGUACAUUUAGAAUUUUGGUAGAAUGGUUAUUUAUUCAAAAACAUUCCAAACCUUAACAGAUCAAUAACUUAAAUAUUUGAAUAACCUACAAUGACUUCAAUAUCUGUAUUAUCAGUCAUGUCUGAGAUGAAAACAAAUUAAAGUGAUGUAACCUGA